GCCACAUCCUGUCCUCCCCCAGCUCCGUGGCUGGUUCCCUACCGGCUAGUGCCUCCGGGCGGGAUCUGAAGACAUGGGCGCUACCUGGGGGAACCCCGGAUGGGUGCGGCUGGCGCUGUGCCUCGCGGGUUUAGUGCUCUCUCUCUACGCGCUGCACGUGAAGGCGGCGCGCGCCCGGGACCGGGAUUAUCGCGCGCUCUGCGACGUGGGCACUGCCAUCAGCUGUUCGCGCGUUUUCUCCUCCAGGUGGGGCCGGGGCUUCGGGCUGGUGGAACAUGUGCUCGGCCAGGACAGCAUUCUCAAUCAAUCCAAUAGCAUAUUCGGUUGCAUCUUCUACACUUUACAGCUGUUGUUAGGUUGCCUCCGGGCCCGCUGGGCAUCUAUCCUGCUGAUGCUGAGUUCCCUGGUGUCUCUUGUCGGUUCUGUCUACCUGGCCUGGAUCCUGUUCUUCGUACUCCAUGAUUUCUGCAUCGUUUGCAUCACUACCUAUGCCAUCAAUGUAGGCCUGGUGGUGCUCAGCUUCCGGAAGGUCCGGGAACCGCAGGGCAAGAUCAAGGGGCACUGAGCCCUCACCCAAGCCAGGCUGACCUCACGCUCUGCCUUGGCAUGGGAGCCUUGCCCAGGGGCCCAUGUCUGGGUCCUUAGAAGAGUCUGCAGCCUGACCCCACCAUACUCCCACACAGGACAAUGGACCAAAUGUGCCACAUUCUUUCCUCCACGUCAGUGCCUCUGGCUCUGUCCCCAAGGGCUGGGUUUCAAAGCUCCUGCCAUUGCCCAAGAAGGGAAGGUUCUGAGCAAUAAAAUUUCUUAAAUAAACUGGCUAAGUCUGAGCCAUCUGUCUGUGAGGGACCCUAGUGUUGGGCUUCCCCCAGUCUCGUCUCCUCUGGAUUGGAAGCAAAUGAGUCAGAGGGAGAGUGUAGGGCCUACCUGGAAAGGAUGGUUGGUCCCUUCUCCAGUGUGUGGAGUUGGUAAGACUUGGGGUGCCAUCAGCCCCACCCCC